GGGGGGGGGGGGGGGGGGGGGGGGGGGGAGACCGCUCGGCCACCCUCCCACACCGCACCGCACCGCACGACAAACGCUUUUAGGUAUAGGUGGAACCAUGCACACACACACACGGACGACACACACACCGGGACGCACCCGCAUGCAGAGAAGAGAACCAGGGGAGAAAGAGAGAGUGGCUCAGCUGGUCGAGUCGACGGAGAGGACACACGCUGGGCCGUGCCAUGCACUGUGUCCGGCUAUCGCACGGCACGUGCGCGUGUCGCCUCCCCUGUCCAGUCCACCAUCACAUCAACCAACCGGCUGUCCGUGGGUCGGAAUUACACAGCCAGCCACAAGAGACAGACAAGGGGAAAAACACGCACCACCACCAGCAGCACCAGCACCACUUGCAGCAAAAGGAAAAGUCACUCACAUUGGAUUGGCCGAUCGGUCACACCGCCGACCGCAUGACACAUCAGAACACAACACAACACAACUAUCGAGCAGCGCAAAACUGGGCCAGCACCGCAAUGGAUGGACCACACGCCACGCAGUAACGACACAGAGUCAUUUUGGUCUCUCUGUGUGUGAGUGUGCAAACAGAGAGAGACCCGUGGGCGUGGAUAAUGGCUGGCUGCUCGCGUGCUUGGCCGCUCGCCCGCCCUCACUCCUGCCUGCCUGCCUGCCCGCCUCCCUGCCAGCGAGCCUAGUGGGUCGAUCAGGCCAGGUAAUUGUACAUGCGCCUGCACGGAGAAUAGGAUAGGAUAGGAUCGGCAUGGCAUCCCAUCCCAUUGCACACACAAACAAAACGCGACAGACAGAGAGGAUAGGAUGGUGUGUGUCCGUGUGUCCGUGUGUGGGGUACGGGCCGUCGUGUCCUUCAUGCGUACUGUACCUGUCCUCCUGGCUUCUCUCGAGGUAUUCCCUCUCGAUGAGCUUCUCGAUGCGCUGCUUUAUCAUCGUCGGGGUCGGGUUGAACCUAAACAUAUACACACACACACACACCGCCACACGGUGGCCACAGAGGGAGGGAGGCAUCUGCCUGCACUGCACCGCACCGGACGCGUCGAUGUGUGUCUUAAUCUAUCGUUGUGUGUACCGACCGCGUCUGCAGGUGUUUGGUGACUUCGACGACCAGCUGGUUGUGCUCUAGCUUCUUGCGCAUCUUCAUGAUCCGCACUAUCGCCGCCUCAAUCCUGACAGACAAUGAAUGCAAUGCCGGCCCGACGCGUGCAGUGCAGUGCACGUGUGAGUGAGCAGACCACGGCUGGGUGUCUGGCCGUCUGUCUGGCCGUCUGUGUGUGUGUGUCUGUUGUCUUACAGGUGUUUGCGGUCCUCCUCGACGUUAGCGGGCACCUCUAUGGUGGUCGCCGCGCCCGCAGCAGACGAAGAGUCCACACCGCUGCCCUCCAAACCUGGAUAACAGCACAACACACCAAUAGGGGGUGGGUGGGCGUGUGUGUUGUGUUGUGUGUGUGGUCCACCGUGCGCACCUUUCGACCCGACGGCCACGAGUGGCACCUUGAGCCGCACCAACUUGGACUCAAAACCAGGGUUAACCUAGAGAUGCGCACAUCACAGUGGGGCGGCCCUUGCUCGCGAGACGGGGUAUAGGUCAUGUGUGUGGGUUGGUACCUCAAAGACGUCGUCGUCGGCGAUGUCCUUGUUCUGGUUGUUACCAGCCGCGUUGGUCUUGAGCAGCAACCUGACACACACAUACACACACACACACACACACACAGAGAGAGACAGAGAGAGAGGGACCGGUGCGGGCGUGUUAGUGGGCUGAAGGGUAAGUACGAGGGCUCACUGACUUGCACUUGGGGGAGACGUAGAGACUCAUCAGAUGGCGCUUCAACUCCUCUAUCGGAAUCUGAGUCAACUCCUGCGACCGCACACAGACCAACCAUCAUCCCAUCAACGCGCACUCACGGGCAUCCCAUCCCCUCAGCCAUCCGCCCCCACCCACACACAUCCACACCACAGCACACAGACAGACCUGAAUCUCCUUGUAUGUGAUCUUGUCCCGUUGGUUGAAGAGGUAGAGGAUGCACAUCUGGUAGGUCGUGCAGUUGAGGUCGUGGCGGGACUUGGGCAGCGUCGCCUUGAUGUCAGCGGUGCCCUGCAGACACACACAAAGGAAGACAGAAACAACACAAGAGCUCGUGUGCGUGCCCGUGUGCCUCCGUCUCUCUCGCGUCAGUUGCGCAUGGACGCACCCCACCGCCGCACCCACCAGAUUGUAUUGCCAUGUGAGCCGCCGUCCGGUGUGCUUGCCCAGGUAGUAGGACUUGAAGUGGUCACACUCGUCCUGCACACACAGAUGGAUGGAUGGAUGGAUGGAACAUCCUCCCACUGUCGGUCCCCCCCCCCGCUCAUGAGUGGAUGCGGUGUGGUGUGUGUGCGGACCGAGAUUUCUCUUGGCAUGUUGAUGACGAAGUUGCUGGCAUUCGGCCAGUAGCCCGUCGUCAAGACGUGCACCUUCAACUCAACACACGGAGUCCGAGAACUGACACACAUACACAACACAGACACACACACACACAGACACACAUAAGAGAGAGUGGCGAGCGUGUGUGGUGUUUGUACCCCUGCCCCUGCGUCCUGCAUAUCCUGCGGUAGUCCUUCAUGAGGUCGUCCGACAAGCGGAUGUCCGUGAACAUGCCCUCCAACUUGGACGUAUACAGGUGACCUUCACACAUACAAACAAACAGCGAUUGCAGUCAUUGCAGACCAUGCAGAUGCAGCCAUGGAUGGAUGGAUGGAUGGCGUGCUGGGCUGCGUUGCUCACCGCAUUCGGACUUGAGCUUUUGGAUCAUCUGCUUCUCGGCCUCCUCGGAGAGGCUGCGCUGGUGGAGCAGACGCUUCGACAGAUGCUGCACACACGCAUUGCACACACGCAUACACGACAGACCCCACCCCAACACGUCAGUCAAUGCAUUCAACGCAAACGUGUGCGCGCGUACGUCCGUAUUCACCUUCACCUAUUUACCUGUUUGUAGUAGUUUUCGAAGACGUCCUUGUCCUGCAGGAAUCUGAAGAUGGUGACGACCUGCUCCAGCUUGGCCUCAAUGUCCGCAUCCGUCAAACCCUUCACAGCUGACCGGAUCCAUCAUACACAAAGUAAGUACAGAGCACACCAACACACCACAGCACAGCACACACAUAUACAGGCAGGGUGUGGUGUGGUCGGAUCGAUGCGGUUGGCUGUCGGUGGAGUGUGGAGUGGGGUGGUUGAGCUCACUCUUCUUGAAGAGCUCGUCAACGUAGAGCGAGAGGAACUGUGCAGUGCGGGUGUCCUUGUUGAUGAAACUCUCGAACGCCUGAUGACAGACACACAGACAGACAGACAGGUGGACACACGAGAAACCCUUGUGCGCGUGUGUGGACAUCUGCCUUUGGCUGCCUCCCCCCCUGACGUACCGCCUUGAGGCAGGUCUGGAACUCCUUGGCCUCGCCGAAGGACUCCUUGACAAACGAGUCGUACCUGCACACACCACACACACAUGGCGCACCGCACAGGCCACAAAUGCAAUCAAUGCAUGUGUGUGAAUGGGUAGGUGUGUGGGUGCAUGGCUGGCUGACUUCUUCUUGAGGUCGAGCAGGGCGUCGAUGAACAUGACAGGCUCCUUAACCCUCUCGGGAUCCUUCAGAAUCUCCUCACCUGCGGUGGACAACACACCACACACCGACAUGGCACGUGUGUUGUGUGACUGUCUGCGUGGCUGUCGGGGUGUGGUGUGUCAAGACAGUAGUAGAAUAUACCUCGGUCUACGAUGCAUUUCCUCAUGACCUCCCGCACCUCGACAAGCGUGUCGGGGACGCGCUUGAACAACUGAAACAGACGCUUCAAAUCUGUACAUACAUAUGUAAUGAUGGGAUGGACGGGAGCACACCAACAAAACAUAGGGAAGGAGGGAGGGACACACAUCAUAUGGCAUUGGCGCGGACAGGCAGGCAGGCAGGCAGAUAGUCUAAUGUGUGUGCAGGUGAGGUGCAGGCAAUGCAGUCAUUGCAGCGACCCACCUACGCUACCUACCCUGCUUCUUGUCAUCGUUGAACAUGGCAGCGCAACCAGAGUUCUCAGCCUGAAGACACAUAACAUACACACACACAGCAGGCAGGCAGACACCAUACAGACCAGACGUGGCGAGUGUGCGUGUGUGGGUGGUGGGUGCGAUUCCUGUGUGGGUGCUUACGUGCACGAGUGCCUUGUGGUGCUUUUGGAUCCACUCAGCGUCCAUGAUGGCCAUGACCUUGUCGAGGCUGCUCGAGUGCAGGUAGUUGUCUACACGCUUCGUCUCCUCGCUUAUGCGAGACUCAGCCUGGCAGGGGGAGCAACGUCACACCACACCACACACCACAAGGAGCCAAUGACGCCACAUCCAUCCAUCCAUCCGUGUGUGUGUGGCUGGAUGAGCGGACAGUACCUUCUUGAGGUAGUCGGGCACGCCGUUCUCCGAGAUGUAUCUCUGCGACUCGAGAGUGUAGAAGCGCUCCGUCUCAGCCAGGUAGAAGUCCUCAAAGUUGUCCUUGUAAACCGUGCGCGACUGCACGCCUGUAUGGUAUGCCCCCACACACCCACACACCCACCCACACACACGUACACUCCUCGGCUGGCCCGGCCUUCUUGUGUGUUUGUGAACUGUGUGGGUGUCGGCAGGGCAGGUGGGUACCGAGUUCGACGAGCAUCUGGAUGGUGUUCUUCAUGAGGAUGCGAUCGAUCUGCUGGCCGUCACGCUCAUUCUGGAUGUUCUUGAGCAGGAUGGUCAGCAGCCGGUCCUUGACACGACCAUGGCCCGACACCUGAUCGACAUAACCAAUCGACACAUCACAUCAACCACACCACACACAACACAUAAACAAACAACACAUAUGGGUGGCUGAGUUGGCGACUGUCUGUCUGGCUGUCUGUCUGUCUGGCUGGCUGGCUGACCUCUUCUCUGAAGAGGUGCAGGCCGAGGUCGAAUACGGGGACCUUUCUGUACUGUCCGACGAAGUUGCGGUCCAUGUACAUGAGAAUGUCGCGGAUCAUGAUCAUCGUCGUGCGGUGGUCCUGCCACUCGUCCUGCAACUUGUUCAACAACUCUACACAACAAACACACAUAAUGUAAUAUAACACCACCAGCCAUGAUGCAAUGCACCAGACACACAGACAGAUGUAUGCAGACCAGACCACUGUGUGUGUGUGGGGAGGGGCGUCAGUCAGUCAGUCGGUCCCUCUCUCACUCACCGUCGUCGGUUGCGCAGAUGACUCUAUUGGCGACUUGUUUGAGGUGCUCCUUGACGGUGUCCUGCACACCCUUGUACAGCAGCUCACCGUACUUGUGCAACACCAAACUAUACGCAUUCCUGCAGGAACACACACACCGACCAGCACGAAGGACAGUGUGCAGCACAGCCGGGCAAGGCGCAUGUGAUGUGAUGUGUGCCAUGGCGCAUCGUGUCGCAUACUGCCUGCCUGCCUGCCUGCCUGCCUUCUCUCUGUCCGUGGUGACCGACCGACCGACCGACUUGCUCUGCUCCCUUCACUCACUCACCUGUAUAGUUCUUCGAAGGAGAGUGAGCCAGCGUUGUGGUUGUGUAUGUGCUGGAUGGCCGUCUUGAGGCACUCCCAGGUGGCCAUGGCGUCGCGCUCAUUCAUCGGUUCGCCGCCUCGAAAUGACGUUCGAAUCAGGUUCUGGCUCUGCAUAGAUAUCUCGAUGCUAUGCUGGUAGCGGCUAGACGAACGAUUCACUCAACCACCGACGCACCGACCGAC